AUGCCGGACAGCAAGCCAAAUCCUGAGAAAGUGGCAGAAGUGGAGGUAACAGAGACCGACAACAACAUGGAGAUCAUGAGCAGCUACUUGAGCAGCUUUGCUGCUUCUUUGCCAACACAAAAAGAAGUGCAGGUCGCCAUGAUCAAGGCUGACAAGACCUAUAGGCUGAAUAGUUUUGAGGACAAUGCCAAAGGGAGAGCAAAAAGCAAGGCUGGGACGUCGAAUGCCAAAGCUUCAGCCAGUGGCCUGGAGCAUGGGGAAGAAGAAAACCGGACUGAUGAUGAAGUGGUAGAUGUUUGUGAUGAGGGGGAUGAUAAGCCAGAAAAUGAGGAUGCUGAGGAUGAGGAUGAGGGUCCUGCAGAGGAUGAGGGUGCUGCAGAGGAUGAGUGUUUGGAAGACGAGGGUCUUGACAGUCAGAACGAACAAGAUGGUGAGUUUGAAGAAGAGGACUUCAAGAAAGGAAGCGUCCAGCUUCGAAAGCCAGGGGCCGUGGUCGAGGCCGUGCAACAGGCCAGGGAAGGGGAAGAGGAUUCAGAACUUGAUGAGCGAAUGAAAGUGGACCUAGAAGACCUCAAAAGAAUUCCCUCUCUUGACGUCCCUGAUCCUGCCAGAAAGUCUUGGACUUUGAGCGCGCCUGAUGAAGAGAGCGAUUUUCCCACCAUUGGUGUGGUGUUCUGGCCUCAAUCGGGGCUGGCAUAUAGGUGGAUUGCUGCCUGCAUGAUCGCGGGCUGGCCGGAGUCGAAGUGGGCAGGUUCCCUUUACAAAAAGCUUUCCUUCAAGGAUCGGGUGAAAUUACAGCUGGAUUCCAGUGGUGCCAAGAGAUCCCGAUACCUGUUCCUGGCUUCCGUGAAACAGUUCUCGAUGCAGGGCUCUGACCAGAAGAAGUCUGCGCCGUACAAUUGGUGGCACGCCAAUCUGGAACCUCUCAAGGCACACAUCAAAGAUGAGAUUGCCACUGGCAGGGUUCGUCGCAAGCUUUUUGACAAAGCGGCAGACUCUCAGAUCACUUUAGUGGCUGGUAAAUCAACUGAAAGUUUGAACUCUGUUGACAAAGCAGCCCUAGAUCGUAAGCGUACUGUUGACUUGACACCAACACCACCAGUCACCAGAAUCCGAAGCAAGUCAUCCCAGUCUUUGGGAAGCACCGGUGACUCUGAGAAGCAGCCAGAGAAGACCCCAGAGUCAGGCAAGAAGACACCAUCCCCCAAAGUUGCAAGUCCACCCAAGGGUAAGACAGCGAAAGAAAAGGCAGAAGACCGUGCAGUGCCCAAGGCCAAGGCCAGCAGUGCAUCACAAAGGGUAAGAGCCCAUCUAGAGGAAGCAAAGCAGAAGCGAUUGAACAAUGAAAAGGGUGAUGGACAGUUCAAGAGGCUCAGAAGGAUGGGUGGUAAUGAGGAGUUCACUAACUCCAGCCCCGAAAGCACAACAAAGAAAUCUAAACAGACUGGCAAGAACAAGACACGGAAGGAAGGAAAGAUCAAGAUCAAAAUCAACAAGACAAAGCCGAAUGAGAAGGAUAGCAGCACACCGUCCAAGAGCCCACGCCGUACCAAGAAGGAGACACCAACCAAGGAGAGCACAAAGGAUCAGGAGAACAAGAAGGAUGAGAAUAAUGAAUGUACGAAGACUGAUGCCAAGACUAAGAAGGUCCAUGCGAUGUAUAUGAAAUACUGGAGGUCUCUGAAGAGCCAAGAGCAGUCAUCGAUGCUCUAUGAGGAUUUCUGGAAGUCGUCCUGCAAUUGGAGAAAGACAACCAUUUACAGGUCAGUGACCAACACAAUUGAAAACAGAAAGGCUGGGAAAAGGCAAUGGCUCACCCGCAAGCAAAUGUUGCCGGUGUUUGACAAUGAUGGUGAUGUGGUUGAUGGAAUCAUCACACGCAAGAGAUCGGACAAAGAGCUGUUGGCGACUGAAGUCAGACAGCAUCCCGAGCACCCAAAAUUGUAUCAAUACCUUGUGUUGACAGAGGACUAUGAGGAGGCCACCGAGAGCGACAAGAUCAUUGACAAGUUCAUGAUCAAAGACACAGGUGAUGACAGGCGUAAGUCAAGGAAGUCUAAGAAGGCAAAGGAGGAUGACCCUGAGGAAAAGGCAAAGGAAGAAGCAAAGAAAGCUCGCCAGGAUUUGGUUAAGAAUGCAAAGAAGGCCAGGUCCCCAAAGAUCAAGAAUGCGAUGGAGAGUGAGAUCAAUUCCCUGUCGUCUGGCCUGGUUCGUCACCGGACUUCGUUGCAGGGGACCUUGGACAGCGGGGUCGAGGACUCGAAGUUGGAAAAGUGCCUUGAGAAUGCCAAAAAAGGUGAGAAUGACCGGGACCGAGAUCACCAAAUCAGCCACAUGCUGGACAGCCUCGCUAGUGGAGAAACCAUCGAGGUGGAAACAGUUCUCAAAGGAAAGUUGCGGGAGAGUGAUCCAAUACAAACGACUUUGCCAAUGACUUCCCCUGAAGAUUUACUGAAGUAUUUGUUUAACGAUGUGGGUCUUGAAUUGCCUGAUGAGGAAAUCAGAAAUUAUUGGGCCCAUUGCAAAGCUACAAAUUGUGAAUGGAGUCACAUGUCUGGAGGGGAUCAUAUCCCGGUUGCUUUGUACGGUGACAGUGCAAAGUUCAGUGUCAUUGGGGAGAAAAUUACCUGCUGUUUUUUGAGUUUGCCUCUAUGGUUUCCUCGUGCAGCACGACGUCGCAUCUUUUUCCUGUUUGCUCUGGAAACUUAUCGAAUGGUUGGUGGUGGCCAGACCCUGUUUCCUUUCUACCGCCAAAUUGUGCAGACGAUGUGGAAACUCUAUGAUGAUGGGAUUGAGGUUGAAUAUCCUGAUGGUCGAACUCGUCGGCUAAAAUUCGUAGCCCAGUUCUUGGGCCGCUGCAUUGAUCGAGGGCCUGGCAGGUUUGUGCUGAUGCUGGAGCGGUUGGUGGAUGUCUUAGG